GAGAGAGAGAGAGAGAGAGAAGUUUGGUCUUUUUCUUCCCUUCAGUGUUUUUAAGCAUGAACGCCGAGACCUGCGUUUCAUACAGCGAUAUGACAUCCAUGGAUUCAUAUUAUAUCCCCUCCGCAGUGCAAGGUAGGGAUCUCCAGACGGAUCACUUUAGGACAUUCCCAGCCUCUGACACCAAAUACAGCCCCACUGCCUUCCUGCCCAACAAAGGUCAGGCUUACGGAGAAAAGUCCCGGAGCCCCUUCCAGCAGGAGUGCCAGUCAUUGGAUGCCGCCGCAGCUGGGCAAGGCACUUUCAGCAAAUACCACCUCUUCAUGCAGAGGUCUUCUUGCAAGACACCCCCCGAGGAGGACAAACUGCACCAGGACAGCGGACACAACGGAGCGCUCAUCUCCGGCUAUGGUAAGGACAGUUCCGGCCUGACAGACUCUGACUUGGCUCCGGACUCAGACCCUCCUGGAAUGGACACCAGCUACCUGUCUCCGAAGGAUCAGGGCGGGAAGCCGGCCUCCGAUCGGCCUCCAGGCACAGAGUUAAGCCCUAUGGACAAAGGAGAUGGGGCCGAAAGCAACAAGGGCAAGAAAAGGCGAAACCGCACAACCUUUACAAGCUACCAACUGGAAGAGCUGGAGAAGGUUUUCCAGAAGACGCACUAUCCUGAUGUUUACGCCCGGGAGCAGCUGGCACUGAGGACGGACCUGACUGAGGCCAGAGUGCAGGUGUGGUUUCAGAACCGAAGGGCGAAGUGGAGGAAAAGAGAGCGUUUUGGUCAGAUGCAGCAGGUCCGAACACAUUUCUCAACAGCUUACGAGCUUCCUCUUCUGACUCGUCCUGAGAACUAUGCACAGAUUCAGAACCCCUCUUGGAUCGGUGGCAGCAGCGCAGCAUCUCCCGUGCCGGGCUGCGUUGUGCCCUGCGACUCUGUGAACGCCUGUAUGACCCCACACCCACACUCUGCCAGCGGGAUGUCUGAUUUUCUGGGCAUGCAGAGUCCUGGAGGUCAUGUGGGACAGGGUCACAUGGGCAGCCUGUUUGGAGGGCAUCCUGGCAUGGCUUCAGGCAUCAACACGUACGAUCUGAACAUGGACCCUGACCGCAAGUCCUCCAGUAUCGCCGCUCUGCGCAUGAAGGCCAAAGAGCACAGUGCAGCCAUAUCCUGGGCCACAUGAUGUGUAUACCUGCUGGAUGGGGUGACCUAGUGGACCCUCAAGAGUCUAUUCAAUCCCAGCAUGGGGUGAGGGGACACUAUAAUCAAAAACUCAAAAGGCAACAGUGACUACCUUCAUAAAUGUUGCAAUGAAAUAAUUAUUUUAGUACUUGGAUGGGUGGAGAUUACUCCUAGAGAGAACAUCAAGAGAUUUGGUAAUAUAAGUGGGGGGGGGGCCAUGGCUGUGCAGGUGAGCUUGGUGGAGAGAUGCUCUACUGUAUAACAGGAGUGGCAAUGUAGUUCAGAUGAUCAGAUGCCGAACAUGUUAGAAAUAACAACUUCAAACAAAUCCAUGCACUUAUUUGCUAAAAUACAGGAGAGUGUGUACAGGGCUUUCAGUGUCAGCGUAGUUCUCUGUUCAGGUGCUGUUUUAUUCUUAUCUUAUUAUUUAAAUGUUGAGUGUUAUUUUUGAUUUCUAUUGUUACCGUUUUUUUUGUGACAAAAAGUUCAGCAAGCAUCUCUGGAAGCUAAACUGAGAAUAUAAAAUAGUUGUUUUCUGUAAUUACAAGGCUUUUUUAUUAUCAGCAAAAGCACAUUACUUCAGUAACACUGAGGCUGUGGUAGUGCUCAUAUCAAGCAUCUGUUACAGCAUACGGCUUUUCAGAUUCAAAGGAAACAUUUCUGUUGCUAAACAAGCUACAAGGGCCUCCACCCUCCAGCAUUUAAAAGUCAAACAGAUGAAAUGUGGUUUGUUUUAGUGUGAUCAGGGUGAGAGAUCCACCUGCCGCACUGACUGAGCCUGCUGAUGGCAGGGAGAGGAAGGGAUGGAGGAGGAAGUGGUGAGUGGGAGCAGGAGAGGGGCACAGCAGGCCUGCUGCUCUCAGGGCUGAAGAGCCUGGGAGCGCCAGCCUCCAAACAGAGCCGCUCUGUUUCAGGAAGACAAACUCCAAGUGGACAUGACUGUACCCCUUUGCAUUUAGUCUCAGGAGUUUAGAGGAGAGAAGUGCCUACUAGUCAGUCAUUCUGCCAGAAAUAACAGCGAAACCAGCAGCAGCCACCUUUGAAACAGAGGAGACUGGUGGAGAUACAGAGUGUGUUGACACUUUUAACAUUGAAAGGAUGUCUGUGUUUGACUGUCAUGGCACACUGGUAAAUAUUGAUAAAACAGCUCUGCCGUAAGCGUUAAUGUAUUUAUUUCCCUUUUUCUGUCAUUAUAUCUGUCAAAUCAAAACAAGUCCUCCUUCUGACACCAUGACAUCCACAUUUUCCACAAAAAAGCAUGUAUUUGUUCAACAUACUGCUAAAUGAUUUAAGAUGACAGUAUUACAUUUUAGUGACACAACAGUAAGACUCAAGGGGAUCAGGUAGCAUCCUGGUGUAGGUAUACUGGCUGACUGCAUAAAGAUAUAUACAAUUGACCUUCAUUGAUCCCUGUAGGGAAAUUCAGUGGGAUGUGAGCACUCUUCUUAAAGGCAACAUGGGCCGGACAGCUGGGGCUAACCAAAAACAUAUUUUAGAGUUCCCGAAGACACGAAAACAGUCAUGAGAUAGUGUGCCAUUUUUUGGCGCUUUAUCUGAGCAGGAUCUCUUUUAGUAAACCACCAACGUGUCACCGUGUCAGGGAAUCCUGGUUACAGCCAUUAUUCCCCGUUUACUUCUAUCUAGGCUUAGAACAAUAUGUCUGUUUGUUUGUGUUCUCCGUGGGGAGAAAAGAGGGGGCGAAUCAGAGAUGAGCUCUGAGCGCACAUCAUACCCAUAUCAUGCAAAUAUUCAAAUAGUUGACCUUGCUUUCCCCCUGGUAACGGUGACAGAAAUAGCUGAUGAUGUAUGCCAAUGAGGUUAUGCUUGUUCUUCCUUUGUUAGCAAGGCCUGAUUUAGGCGGAACAAAGGGUUAUAAGCAAACCUGAUACUGUGUAGUGCCCCUUCAGGCUGAGCAACCAUCGCUAAUUCUCUAAACUGAACCACAUUCCCUGCCCUUCUGGGCAUGUAAGAGAAGUGGGGUUCAGGCUCUAACCUGUCAUCAGAGCAGAUCACCCCAGAGUCCUCCAAAUUACAUCCAGUUCUACUCUCCGACCCAAAUCCAAGGCAUAUGCAUAAUCCUGUCUUUAGAGUACAUAUCUCUGACUUAAACUGAGAGAGUCUCCUUGCAAUUGUGGACAUGGGGGCCCCCUGUCUCUAGCUGUGGGGUUGGACGGAGGGCGAGCCGCGAGGGCGUCUGCUGUGUUCCGGUGUUCUGGGAAAAGGACAGUGCACACAGCUGCGCUCAGGGGGUAAAUGCAAAACAAACAUGGCUCACACAUGCUUCCCCCUCAGCUGUCAUGGCUCUGCUUUCAAAGACCCCCCCUCCUCCUCAAUACACACUGCUCUGGCUCUCUCCCUUUGCUAACAGUCCACUGCCUCAAAGCUGCAGCCCCCGACUCGCAGGGUCCGAGGCACAGCCGCACGGCCAGCCCAGGAAGGCUUUUUAAUUAACACUGAGCCAUGUGGAGGCUGUGGACUGCAGGAUUGUGUGUCAGGACAGACAGGCCCGUCUGUCUUCUGGUUUAAUGCAGACUGUUGCUCUGCGAAGUGCACAGACAUACUAGCUUUCAGUAGCUCAGGUUUACACAAUACAUACUCACUCUCUUCUGUGUAUUGAAAUGCAUUGUUUUUGGACUGAAAUAUUUUCCAUGAUGUCAUCUUCCACCAUGAACCUCAGACACCCUCAACCUACUGGUCCUGCACACACACGGGGACAGUUAAUGCAAGAAUACAAAACAGCCUCUCUCCGUCAUGAAUGCUGCAUAACUAAAUCCCUGAGUGAUGAAGUCAUCGUUCACUUUUUGUCAUUUUCUAAUACUACUGAAGUCAGACAAUCAGUAUAGGAGUAAAUAUUUUUAAAAUAUGCGUGCUGUUGUGUGCAUGUACAUUUUUGAGCAUGCAAAAUUAAUUGAAGUGUUGUAAGACUCUUGGAAAGGUUACUAAUUAGUUAUGUUUUAUUUUUGUGAGAGUUCAAUGCCUAUUUGAGUGUAUCACUUUUUUUAUUUGGUGGUAAAAUUGUACUUCCAGAGUUGUGUUUAAACAGUCUUUCGAUAUGUAUUUCUGAGUUUCAAAUGUGUUAUUUUUUUCAAGUUCAUGCGGCUUUAAGCUGUCUUUUGAAGUGUAUGAAUUUACUCCUGCUUGUGUUGUGUGUGAUUAAAGUACAAUAAGUUAUUGCA